GGUAACGCAUUAGCUAUUUAGUGUAAUGGAACACACGCUCGUUUCUCUUAUAAAUGUGGUACAACAAGAUUUUAACAUAUUUUAAUCACUGAUGAGUAUUUAGAUUCUUGUGUUACUGGGGAAACAAUGCUUGCUAUGUCUCAGUACGGUUUUAGUAAUUGUAGCUUUCGCGUUGUUUGAUUAUCCAGGGAAAGGGACUGGUCGUGCAGCUUUUCUGACUGACGGGCGUUUGUUUAUGUUAUCGGUCUGUCGGCGAAGACUUCGAGUCAUUAGACAAGUUUUCAGAUUUUUGAAGCACAUCUCACUCUGACGGGGAGUACUCAUACCGAGGAGCGAUAGCUGCACUCGACGUCGGGAUCAGAUGAUUGAAGUGGUGGCGUCGGUGGCGCGAGGCCCGGUCUUCCUGGCGGGAGAACUUCUGGAGUGUCUGAUCACCUUCACCAACCCCAUGUCCCAUUUGUCGACCUCCGCCAGCAGUGAAAUGCUGGCCUGGGCAAGCGCUCAGAUCCACUGUCAGUUCCAUGCCAGCGAGAGCAGGGUGGCGCUGCCAACCCAAGGCAACAAGCAGGAUGUUCAGGCGGAGAGUGAUACUGUCCUAAUCCCCAGCAGGGGAGAGCGUGGUCAGUGCAUGUUGGACACGCCCCCAAAAAUCCUGUUCUGUGACCUGCGGCUCGACCCAGGAGAGAGCAAAACUUACUCAUAUAGUGAGGUGGUGCCAACCGAUGGGCCUCCUAGCUUUCGCGGCCAGGCAGUGAAGUAUGUUUACAAACUCACCAUUGGCUGUCAGCGUGUCAACUCGCCCAUCAAACUGCUGCGUGUGCCCUUCCGCGUGUUGGUCCUACACGGUAUGCCUGAGCCACCUUUCCCCCAGGAUGAGGAGGUGGCCCCCUCCAACCCCUUUUUAGAUGAUGAGCAAGUGGGCAGGAGGGACACACAGCCACUGGAGAAAGCUCUGGAUGUGCUCAUGAUCAGUACCUCACGAAGGUGUCCCUACCUCUUCAACAUAACCAAUAUGCGGGGGAAAGUGGCCAAGUUCUGCAUCUUUAAAACUGUGUACAGGCUGGGGGAGGACAUCAUUGGAACAUUUAACUUCUCUGAAGGAGAUAUACCCUGUCUGCAGUACACUGUCUGUCUGCAGAGUGAGGAGGAGGUCCUACCACAGUUCCAGCGCCGACCCUGCCAGUCAGUUACUGUCAUGAGCCACAGCCGUCAUUUGGAGUCUUGCCUGCACACUGCUUCCAGCCAUUUCUCUCUGCCUGUACCCCUCAACGUUACCCCAGGAUUCAGUACAGAUAUUGUGUGUCUUCGAUGGCUCCUGCACUUUGAGUUUGUGACAGCCCGGGAGCCAAUGGAGCCACCCACUGUCCUUCAGAACCAAUCAGAAGUCACGGUAUGGACAGGAGCAGGCCAGGUGGAUGUGGACACCUUCAGCUGGGACUUGCCCAUCAAAGUCCUGCCCACCAAUCCUGCCCUGGCAUCAUAUGUCUCCCAGUUCUCAGGGACCAACAGCAUUAAAAUUUAAGUCGACUGUGUGUGUGUGUGUGUGUGUGUGUGUGUGUGUGUGUGUGUGUGUAGAGGGCUAAAAGAUAAAGGAUUUGUUAAGGGAUGUGACUGAAGAAGAAUGUAGCAAAAUGGGAUGAUACUAAAAAGUAAAUAAAUGUGUUAUUUUUAUAUUUUAUGUUUAGCAUCACAGACUCUUUAGUAUGUAUACAUUUGAUUUUGCUGACAGCUAAAUAAAACAGUGCUCUAUCUGGCUUUCC